GAGAACGUUCUGUGCCUCUGAAGCGGCAGCGACGAGCGACGUGGUAGGGAGAAAUUGGAUGAUUGAUCCAAGAUAGUGUUAAAGACUGGCUUGUUCAGAAAACACAAUUAACAGCAGAUGAACUUGUGAUUGCCAUCGUGUCAGUGUUGGCACAUGUCUGAAUCUGGGGGACAAUCUCCCCCACUUUAGUUGGGAAAGAAGACACGAACGGCCAUGGGACGGGUUUCGAAAGGACGUUUCUUCUGUUUGGUUGUUUUCACGUUCCUUGCGGUUGGCACUAUACCUAAGACAACUAAAGGAAUCAGCAGCGAGGCACUGCCAGACUCCCUACCUUCAGUUCCUGGUACGCUCCCUCACUUCCUGCAGGAGCCCGAAGAUGCCUACAUCAUCAAGAGCUAUCCCAUCAAGCUACACUGCAGGGCUGCACCUGCCUUGCAGAUCUUCUUCAAGUGUAAUGGCGAGUGGGUCCAUCAGAACCAGCACACGUCCCAAGAGUACAUGGAUGCAACAGGCUUGAAGAUCCGGGAGGUGAUGAUCAAUGUUUCUCGGCAACAGGUGGAGGACUUCCAUGGCCCAGAAGACUACUGGUGUCUCUGUGUGGCCUGGAGCCAUCUCGGCACCUCAAAGAGCCGCAAGGCCACUGUCCGCAUUGCAUACCUACGGAAGAACUUUGAGCAGGACCCCCAGGGGAAAGAAGUACCAAUACAGGGCAUGAUUGUGCUGCACUGUCGCCCCCCAGAGGGAGUCCCUGUGGCCGAGGUGGAAUGGCUGAAGAAUGAAGAGCCAGUGAGCUCCCUCAGCGAUGACAACAUUGACACCCGGGCCGACCACAACCUCAUCGUAAACCAGGCCCGUUUGUCAGAUUCAGGAAACUACACCUGCCUGGCCAGCAACAUUGUGGCUACACGGCGCAGCACGACCGCCACGGUGGUGGUUUACGUGAAUGGCGGCUGGUCGUUGUGGACUGAGUGGUCUUCCUGCAAUGUGCCGUGUGGAAGGGGAAUCCAGAAGCGCUCGCGCACCUGCACCAACCCUGCACCGCUCAAUGGGGGCGCUUUCUGUGAGGGCAUGUCCGUGCAGAAGAUCACAUGCAACGCGCUCUGUCCAGUGGACGGGGGCUGGGAGGAGUGGAGCGAGUGGUCAGCGUGUGCCUCAGAGUGUCACAGACAGCGCCGGAGAGAGUGCAGCGCACCGCUUCCAAAGCACGGAGGGAAAGAGUGUGAGGGGGCUCCGCAGGACACCGAGAACUGCACUGGGGACCUGUGCACCCACAGUAUGGACAGCACCAAUGAUGUGGCCCUGUACUCAGGGUUGGCGGCUGGAGUCAUUGCCAUGGCUGUCCUGUUUGUGGCAGUCAUGCUGUACAGGAGGAACCAGAGUGAGUACGGGGUAGACGUCAUUGAUUCAUCCACACUCACGGGGGGAUUCCAGUCUUUCAACUUCAGGACAGCCAGACAAGGAAACCCUCUGCUGAUCAGCUCGUCCACGCCUCCUGACCUCACGGUGGGCCGCGCCUACAGCAGCCCCAUCUGUUUCCAGGACUCCAUGGACAAAGAGCUCAUGUGUGAAUCCUCUCUCUUUGACCCCUUGCCAGACAUCAAGGUUAAAGUUCAAAGCUCCUUUAUCGUAUCUUUAGGGGUGUCGGAUCGGGCGGAGUACCACGCGAAAUCCGUCCCCGAGGCCCUCCCUCGGGGGCUUCGCCAUGGAAACUACAGCUUCACAGAGAGUCAGGAGAAGAGCCUGCUCGCACCCAACUCUUUAAACAAGCCCGCCAAGGCCCCAAUAAAGACAUUUGGUGUAUAUGGCCAUGCAGGUGGACGGCUUGUGGUGCCAAACACAGGAGUCAGCCUACUGGUACCACAUGGGGCCAUCAAUGAGGACACAACAUGGGAGAUGUACAUGAUCAUCAGUCAGGAAGACUGCAGCACUCAGACCACUGACGGCUGUGAGAUACUGCUCAGCCCCGCCGUAACGUACGGCCCCCCUGGUCUUCACCUUUCCUGCCCGGUUGCUGUGACGAUAGCCCACUGCGCCGAGGUCAGCACAGAAAACUGGAGCAUACGGCUCAAAAGACUAACCCAGGAGAAGAAGUGGGAGGAUGUGAUGUCAGUAGAGGAUGAGACCACUUCCUGUUACUGCCUGGUGGACUCCCAGAACUGCCAUCUGCUACUGGACCAACCUGGUUGCUAUGCGCUGGCCGGGGAGCCCUUUACCGAGGUUGCUGUGAAGAGGUUAAAGCUGGCUGUGUUUGGAAGCGCUGGUGCCAACUCCAUGGACUACUGCCUGCGGGUCUACUGUGUGGAUGAUACCCCCAACGCCUUUCAGGGGGUGCUUGCUAUGGAGAGAGGCAAGGGUGGACUGCUCCUGGAGGAACAGAAGACGUUACUUUUUAAAGCAAACACCUCUAGCCUCCAAGUCUCCAUCCAGGACAUCCCACAGUUUCUGUGGAGCAUAAAGCCUUUCACCACAUGUCAGGAAUUCUCCUUCUCUCAAGUGUGGCGCAGCAACCAGCAGCCCCUGCACUGUGCCUUCUGCUUGGAGCGAUACAGCCCCACCACAACCCAGCUCUCCUGCAAGAUCAGUGUGCGGCAGGUCAAAGGUCACGAGCAGAUCCUCCAGGUCUACACAUCCAUCGCGGAGAGGCAAAAGGAGUCUGUCUCAUUCAUUACUCAGAUGGACUGCUCUACCACAUCUCUGCAUGGCCCCAAGGCUUUCAAAAUCCCCCUCUCUAUUCGCCAGAGGAUCUGCGCCACGUUUGACACUGCCAAUGCCAAAGGCAAGGACUGGCAGCUUUUGGCUCGGAAGCUUCACAUUGAGAGGAACCUGUCCUAUUUCGCCAAGCAGAAGAGUCCCUCAGCAGUGAUACUGAACCUCUGGGAAGCCCGUCACCACGACAACGGGGAUCUGGACUCGCUAGCCAGUGCAUUGGAGGAAAUCGGCAAGGUCCACUCCAGAAGCCCGGCGAAUGGCAGCAGCACAACCCAAACUCGCUCAGAAUUCACUUAACAGAGGACAGAAUGGCAGCAGCACAACCCAAACUCGCUCAGAAUUUACUUAACAGAGGACAGAACAGCACCAGCAUAGCCCAAACUCGCUCAGAAUUCACUUAACAGAGGACAGAAUGGAAGCAGCACAGCCCACACUCGCUCAGAAUUCACUUAACAGAGGACAGAAUGGCAGCAGCACAACCCAAACUCACUCAGAAUUCACUUAACAGAGGACAGAAUGGCAGCAGCACAACCCAAACUCACUCAGAAUUCACUUAACAGAGGACAGGAUGGAAGCAGCACAGCCCAAACUCGCUCAGAAUUCACUUAAGAGAGGACAGAAUGGAAGCAGCCAGAGAAGAAGGAAAGAGCUCAAGCUACGCCUAGAGGAGGAUCAGCAUGGGGAGGGAGAGUACAGAGGAGCCAGACUAAGACUUCACACAGUGAAGGGCAGGACCAGGUAAUCAAGGUAUGUGGGGUUGCAUUGACAGCCGUGGUGGGAAAUCAAAUCCACAGGCUACACUGCAUCAAAGACGGCUUCCUGCUUCUGUUCUUUGAUAGUGGAAGGCAGUGGGGGGGGGGGGGGGUUGUUUACAGAGAGAAUCCUAACCUUUUCAAUCAAGCUAAGCACACAAGCCAAUAUAAUUAGAAAAGUAUGUUCAUCGACCGGCAAAUGGAAUGAAAACUCAGCGGCUGUGCGUUUUAGACAUGCCCCUUUGAAGCUGCCAAACAGACUGGGCUCCGGUCUGCAUCGUUACAGGAACGGGGUGUUGCCAAGCGACAAUAACUCAAGCAGAGACUCCACUGCCUUCUCAUAACGGCAUUUCUGUAUUUUCAUUCAGUUUCUCCUGUACUUAUUCGCAACUACAUUGCUUUGAAUCUGAUUGAUUUCACUGAUUAAUAUUUUGUCUUAUUCUGAUUUUGAUAUUGCUUUAAUAAUAAGAAUACGGAUAGUAAUGUUGCCUAGCUAAGUCUCGGAAAUGUCUCAUAUUGCAGUCUCCCAGGGGAAGUGGGGUAAGAUAUAAAAGGAUUUAUGUGAUGAGACUUUAUUCAAUGCCUGUCUUUCACACUAUAAUGUGCUACUGUCUGUUAUAAUCCAAUCUUAGCCAUCACUCUGCUGUAAUACACAGAUAUCCCCAUCAAAGCCAGUGAGCACCCACACAUUCCCAUCAAAUGUCCACACUGUGCUGUAUGUUUAGAAUCUGUAAAGUAAGGAUCAAAACCUCAGAAAACAGUGGAAAUGUGCAUUAGACAAGCUCAGGCUACACUGUAGUGAGAGUCAUGGGAUCCUAAAAUGGUCUCUCUACCAAUGUAGAGGCAAGACUGGCUGUAAGCUUGCUGCCGGCACUGAAGACAUUUCUCCAGUGGCCUGUAUGAGGCACUUAUCUGCUUCAACAAAUCCACACAGUUCAGUCUUAUAAACAAUGGAGGAACAUGUAUUGGCAGUCAGAACCAGAUGCAAUUAAAGGCAGACAAAGCUGGCAAGCUAAAGCUUGAGUCUGCAGGGAUGCAGCUUGGUAUGUUUCUUCCAGUGUUGAACAAAUUAUCCAGUUAAUUUAUGUCAGUGCUCAUUGGCAUGUGCAAUUUGAAGGAGCCUACUAAGGGGUGAUUUUAAGAUAUUCGAGUAGUUGGGUAGUUUUCUGAAAACAGAGCCAAUGUUUUGCAGUUGGACUUAAACAGGUUGUCACAGCAAACUUUAUUAAUGGCACUCAAUGUUUGAUGUGCUGAGUCUGGCCAAUGAUCUGUGAAAGAAUGACAGCCCAUCCAGGAUUACUCCUCACUGUUGCGGAGAAACAUGUUCAAAAUGAUCAGAACAUUUCUGCAGUUACAGGAAUAUGGGAGUUAUGUUGGCAUGCAGGGGUUUGAAUUUGGUAUUGAGAAACAAGUUAUGGAUAUUCUGCUAUACUGAUACAAUUAUUAUUGUAGUAGAAUGUCUACUAACUUAAUGCUUACCUGGUGGGCUCAAUAUACUGUAAAAGAUGAAAUAUUGAACUGUGAACACUGUUAGCCCCCCCGCCCAAAAAAAAACAUUGUACAUUGAUUUAACCUUACAAUAAUACAUUUCUCUGACACCUGGCGUGGCUUGGUUAUACCGAGUUGUAUAACAAAGCCUUUUAUACACAAUGUGAGUUGUAGGCUUUGAAUGAAUUUGCAUAUCCCGUGCUACAUCCUCUAUAACAGCACAUAGUCCCCCUCAAGGUACUGACAGCUUCAGCAGUGAGCAGUGAGAAUUAUGUGUGUUGCUGUAAAAAAGAAAAGACAAAAAAACUACAAAUACGAUGGUUUGUGAUUUGAGUUCCUUCUGUGUCUUUUGUAACAGCCAGCCUAGUAAUCGUAUUCAAAAGGUUAUCUGUAUAAAUCUCGUGUAUCUCUCACAAGCUAUCUCUGAAUAAAUAUUAUUUUGCAAACGACUCAACAAUGUUGAGCAGAAUAAAGUGUUAUCCAUUUGCAAA